AUGGCUUACGCUGAUUCUGAAACUACAGAAUCGGAUUCCGAUAAUCCGCCAGUGUUCUAUACUGUACACAAUGCAAAAUCUGAUAGUGGGCAACCGGAAGAACAUGUGCACGGACUUGAUGAUUAUAUUCAAAUGGGAAAAUAUGUUUUACUAGUUUGCCUAGCCGCUGAAUUGCUCAUUUUACCACAAGUUUCGUCCAUGUUCUAUAUGAUGAGCCGUCCUCGAGUCGUAUCAUGUGACAAUACAGUGUUCGAUCCGUUGUUGGAAGGAAAAGAAAUUUGUUUUGAAAUCGAUAAAAUCGGAAAUUGCUCUCAUCCCAAAUUUAAGUACCAGUUCAAAAGUGUCAAUGUUGAGUACAACUACUUCUGUGACACCUCGAAACAAGUAAAAAAUUCAAUUUCGGUUCAAAUGUUUGGAGUUCUGGCUGGAUCGAUAGUUUUUGGACAAGUUAGUGACUCAUUUGGAAGAAAAGUUGCCGUACAAAUCGCUUCGUUUGGAAUGAUUGUUGGGUGGUUGUUGGUGUGUCAGAGCCGAAAUUUAUUCCAUUUUACUGUGACAAGAACGAUUACUGGGUUUUUUACCGGUGGAAGCGUUUCGGUCAUCAACGUAUUCAUUAUGGAAAAUAUCCCAAAAAAGCAUCGAAUGUGGAUUAAUAUGGCAAUUACCUGGUCACCAAAUAUGCCGAUUUAUGCAUGGUUUGCAUGGCUAGCUCAAGACUGGAAAACUCUGGCAUACAUCAAUGCGGCAGUUUGUAUACCUGCAAUAAUAUUUUUCCAAUUUUUCAUUUAUGAAUCUCCAAGAUGGCUGGUCAACAAGGGAAAGAUUAGUGAGGCUGUACAGGUUCUCCAACGCCAGCUGAAAAUGUCCAAUCACGAAGAUUUGAUUGAGGAAGAUUUCGAAGACAACUUGAGAUUGGAGCAUGCUAAAACAAUGCAAAAGAACACUCGAAACAUCAAAUUCUCCUAUAAUCACCUGUUCGUCACUCCGAGAUUAGCACUCACCACAAUUGUCUUGGCUUAUAGCUACUGGUCUACCUCUAUCAUCAAUUAUGGUGUACUAUUCAAUAUGGAAAAACUGUCAGGAUCAAUUUAUUGGAAUUCUGUAUACACUGGAGUGAUGAGAUACGUUUGUAACCUUUCAUUCGGCUAUGCAGAUCUCAAAUUCCAAUGCAUUGGUCGGAAAUUCAUUCAUACCAGUGGUCUGGUGAUUGUAUUGCUCUCCUUGAGUGUCGUUGUCAUGUCUUAUGCUCUUCACCUGAACCACGAAAUGAAGGAGACCAUAAGAAUCUGCAUUCUACUUGCCAGCUCGAUGACGUCACAAAUCUACAUAGCAGACGGAAUCGUUGGAAAUGAGCUGUUCCCAACGCCAGUUCGAACGAUUGGCUAUUCAUUUUUACAACUAUGGAAUCGUCUUGGCGUCGUGUGUUCUCCGUUCAUUUUUUAUUUGGCCGACUACUGGCUAGCCCUUCCAUUCUGCUGUAUGUUGUUCUUCUCCUUAAUCGACACCUUCUCAUUCGAAUUGUGUCUUCCUGAAACGAAAGGACGUCAUCUUGUGGAGCACAUGCCACCACGGGAUCAGUGGUGUUUCGGAGGAGGCGUCAAGGGAGAAAUUAUCGAGGAAGACGAGGAAGUUGGCGAGGAGUUGAGGCCUCUGGAGCGCUACGCAGACACCGCCGCAAUCUUCGAGGAAUUCUUUAAAUCGACUGCUCAUGGAGAUUUAACAGCGAUAUAUCGAAACCGGCCUUGCUAUUCAAGUAUUCUAUCAGUCGAAAAGCUUACUAGAUGCGCAAUUGAUGCGUUUGUGUACUUUCCAUCGGCUCGACCAGCCAUUUAUCAUUAUACGGGCAUGAUGAUUCAUGAAUGCGUACAUCACUGGUUCAAUAAGAAGGAGAAUGUUGCGCAGACCAUUGACACCACCAGUGCUCAGGAAGCCACGUCACAGUUGCUGAAUUACUAUAUACGAUUCUUCACAGAAGCCAAUGGAAAAGGGGGUUUGGAGGAGAUUUUGCAAUGGGCCUGCGAACUGUGCGCCGAGCUCAGCUCCAAAAAUGCGGGACGUCCUGCGAUGGCACAAGUCCAACAGAACGGUGAAGUACUGGCGAUACUCAAAUCCAACGAGCUCAUCGACAAACUUCUCUCCCUUAUGAAUAUGGUGGUGACAACUGCUCUAAACGAGAAUCCUGACGGAUGUAUGAGGGCGUUAUUCGAAUCGAGUCGGCAUGGACAACAUUUCAGUUGGAUUUGGCUUCAUAUUGCAACCUUCCUCCAAGGCACCAUAAUGACACAUCUUCUGGAAUCGGGCGCUGAGCAAUUCAAAACCUACGCUACUGAAAUCAAUAAUCGAAAAGCUGUGCAAUCCUCUGGUCCGGCAGUUCUGAAUAUCAUUCAGACGGAAUAUGAGCACAAAUUUCGAGCGAUUUCCGAGGUUUUUAACUUUCUGAUGGCUCGAAGGAAUCCAGAGCUUCAAGAAGCCGUGUCACAGUUGAUAGUAGAUAGUUUGGACUCGAAAGUCGAGAAAUCCGGCGAGAAAAUCGAGAAAUCCUCGACGAACCGGCUGGGAUUCGCAUUUUUCUUCAAAUUAGUCACUUGUUCGCUGAAGACGCUACAGAUUCUGGUCAACAGUAAUUGCCAUCUGAUCACCCCAUUCAACGUGGUCCGCGCCAUCCGUCAUGUACAAGCCGCUGAUAAGUCCCUCAUCCUUCCCGCCCUCUCCUAUACGGAUUUCAUGAAACAAAUCCUUGGUGACGUGGAUCCGACAACCCAUGGAAUGAUAUUCGAGCUAUUCAUCGAGCUCGUCUACCGUACCGAUGUCUUCGACGGAGAGGAUCUUCCGGAAUUCGAAGAAUCGAAUCAGCAAAUCAAACGAGACUGCUAUCCAGUCCUGGAUUUCAUGAUCAAUCAGCUAGUCCGGAUUGCUCAUUCCAGCGGGGGAUUCAAGUGUCCAACGAUGCAUCCAGCGAUUCAGAUGUACUCGUCUGGAGAUCGGCUACAGUUUUUGAUUGAUUCAGUGUCAGCGAAUAUUGUGAAAUCUGGCUCAAUUGUACGUCAUCUUCACGCCAUCUCCAUUGCUCAUGAUGCCACUAAAGCCGCGGAAAUUUCACUGAGAUUCUUGAUGACUACACGUUUCGAUGACACGGAUUCGCUCUACGUCUUCAUGUCUUUCCUCUCAGCGACUGUCCCAUUCUACCCCGACCUAAUGAAUCAUAUGUGGAAAGAGUUCUCGGGUCUGAAAUUGGUUAUUGAGAGCUCUUAUGCCGAGCAACCGGACAAUGUGAAAAUCCAUCUGAAUCUUCUCCAUAAUAUUCGACAAAUUCUCGAAUGGGAGCUGAUUGAAGAGCCAACGGAGAAAGUUGGGGAUCCCAAGAAGCCGUACGCCUUCUGGAAUUUGUAUCCCGGGCAGAGUGUUGGAUCGCUUCUGAAUUCGUUAAUGGGAGACACAAAUAGAAUAUGCUGGGAGAUGAUGGAGUCUAGCAAAUGGGAAGAAGCGAUGAACAUCUACCGAUUCAGCGACAAGCUUCUGGAGGCUCUUCGUUUAGCAUGUAGUCCGAUAAAAAUGCUAACUAAUGAACGAAAAAUCGUGAUGAACAUAUCGGAAAUGUACAAAGUGAUGAGUCAAUUUGCGAUUAUGCUCAAAACCACGUUGUUUUUAAUUACGCAAGAGAAUCUGAAUGGGCUGGUGGUUUUCGAAGAAUUACGGAGUCAAAUCGUCGCGUUUCUCUUCGGACCUCACAUGCUUCCAGAAUUGUCUCAAUUCUCGCCGAUUUUUGUGAAUUUCUUCGUUACGGUUUGUAUGAUGGACUCGAAAAAGUUGUUCGACGAGCGAAUUGGCGAAUCGAUGGGAAACUUACUGGACGAGACGGGUCUUCAGAAGCUGGUGGAUAAUGUGCAGUUGGAGGAUGGACCAUCGGUGCUGGAGGGGUUGAGAUCGCUGAAAAUGAGGGAUAAUGCGCUGGAUAUGCUGCAUACGGGACAGUUGAAACGGAGGAGGGGCAAUGAGAUGAAUGCGAGAGGUGUUGAGGAGAAUGAAGACGUCAUUCAACGCCUCCACACCGUCCUUGACGCCGUCCGAACGAUGUGUGCUUCGGGAGACAACGCCAUCCAGAUCGCUUGCAGCCAACAGCUAGCCGAGGUUCUUGUUCAGUCAGUCUGUCAGGAUUCGCUGAUGAUGGAUAUGCGAUUUGAUGAGUGGGACGCCGAGGCAGAGUAUAUUCACAGGUUUUUCUGUCAUUUUAAAGCAUGUCUGGACCUUAAAAUUGCUCAUUUUAGACACGUGGAAGUCGCGCAACGCAUCAAUCAAUCGCAAUUCUGCGAUGGAAUCCUUCGAAUCCUUGCCGACACUCGAGUCUUUGCACUUUGCCUGCCUAUUAUGAAAUCGAAGCUGGCAGUGAUUAUAAAUGAGACUGAGAAAUUCCCGGAUCACAAAACAAUUAGCGAAGUGACGCGGCAAAAAUUACAUAAUUGGUUCUAUCUGGCCAGCAAGGGAGGCCUGAUCCCACCGCGUUUCAGUUAUAUCUGUGAUUUAGAGAAGUAUUCCACGUGUCAUGAGACGUAUCUGAUGUUGCUGGAGGUGUGGAAGUUCUUUUUGUUCCGAAACACGACGCGAGACACCAUCGACAUCUACCACAAAUCGCUUCGUGACAACGCCAUCGACGAGGGAUUGCCGCACGAGAAGGAGGCGAUGGAACGAGUGAAUAUGGCCGUGUUUCGAAUAAUUAUUCAAAAUCAUCUCCCGCAUACUGUAGCCGUUUUCCCCAAAUUGUUCCCCGUUGAAUUUGAGUUUUUGCGGUUAUCUGUUGUUGAUUGA